UAACCAUUUUCAAGUCUAUAGUUGAGUAGUGCUAAGUAUAUUUACCUCAUUGUGCAGUCCAUCUCAGGAACUUUCUCACCUUUCAAAACUGGAUGCUAUCAACAUUUUGCACCUUGGUCUGUUCAGGAAAUUGGAAUUGAUAGCCUUAAGGGGGUGUGCAUUUUUAAAAUACUGGCGCUUGUUGCCAAAUUAUUGACCCUCCAGAAGUUGCCCUAAGGACAUCAGUGACGGUCCUCGGUCCUUGAGAGAGAGGUGGCAGUUCCUAGGGAAUGUGCCUUCAGUGAAUGCAGUGAAUUCUGCGGUGCCUCUGAGGCUGAUGAACACACCCUUUAGGGAGAGAGGAGUUGUGUUUAGGACCUAAUCUCAGCUGUGCAAUGAGUCUGGGUAUAAAUGUCUUUUGGCCACUACCUUGCUGUGUGACCCAGGGCAUGUCACUUAACUUCUCUGGGCCCCAGGAUCCUCUAUCAAAAUAGACAUGAUGUAGACUCUUCCUUCACUGGUUGUUGUGAGGACGAGGGAAGAAGCAGCCUGGAAGCUCUCAGUCUAGCGACUAGCACCCAGCAGUGACUGAAAGUGGUACUUCUCAUUAUACUUGGUAUUCCCGGUGCUCUGAGUAUAUGAAUGACAGUACUAGCAUGUGCAUUCUCAGAAAAGUCUUCCAUCUUUAACACUGGUGUUGUCUUACUGUCCCCAGGUCACAAGUGAGAGGUUUGAGGCUCAGGGAGGCAGUGGUCAGCUCGAGGUCAGCCACGUGUCAGGACGGACCAGGGCAAACCAUGUCUUUGGCGUCGAGGCUUCCACAAAGCAACCACUGGGCAUGGGAUCCCCUCUCCUUGCCUCACCUGUGGCAUGAAAGCUUGGGGCUCAGGUGGAGAGAAGAUUCUUUGGGUGUCUCUUCCUGACUUGGCUCUUAGAGGGGCACGGGAUUUUUUCAGGGAGAGAGAUGAUUGUGCGAACGUGGGUGGUUCUCUCCCCCACAGCACCAAGCAGUUCUCCAACUCCAGCUGCGUGUCCUCCAACUUCAGUCAUUGCGGUUUGGGGAGGUAGCCUCAGAUUUGCAGGUGAAGGGCUCAGAGCCACAAGACCGCCCACCCCCCCUCAGCCUGGAUGGCUCUGAUCUGAGCUGCCCGCCCCUACCUUGGGUUCAAUUAAUUUGCUGGAGGGGCUCACAAACUUGGAGAAACACUUUAUUUACUAGAUGACCAGUGUAGGAGAGAACCUUGUUAAUCAGACCAGAUGGGAGAGAUGCACAGGGCAAGGCGUGGGGAAGGCACAGGCGCUUCCGUGUCCUCUCCAGGCGCCACUGUCCCGGAACCUCAUGUGGUCCCCAACCAGAGGAUCAAGUUUGGGUUUCUAAGAAGCUUCCUUACCUAGGCCUGAUAGACUAAACCUUCAGUCCUGUGCGCUCCCUAGGGAGCGCGACGUACAGGGGCUGUAAGGUCCAGCCCUCUAUUCUUUGGGGGGUUCUCCUGGCAACCAGCCCCUCCCUGCUGCCUUCCAGCCGCCUCAUUAACAUAGCAAAAGACACCUCAGUGACUCUCCCCACUGAGGAAAUUCUGAGGGUUCCAGGAGGUCUGUGCCAGAAAAGGGGAUGAAGACCAACUUUGUAUUUCUUGUUGUAAAUUACAGUAUCACAGGAAUUUGAUUGUUCCAGAAACUGACAGGGCCUAUCCAAAACCAGAGUGUCCCACUGUGGGGAAACCUUAGAGUUUCUGGAAGAUACAACUUUUAGCCUGUGCUCAACCAGGGGGUCCAGAAAGGCAGGCUCUGAAAGCGAAGCAGGCCCCUCCCAACCCCGGGUCUCUGGAGAGGCUGGUCUCCUGUAUUUACCACUUUCUCACCAGCCUGCUGGGGAUCCUGGACAGGUCACUUCCCCCCUCUGGGUCCUAGGGCUUCCUGGUGUGUUACCCAAGGGUCUGGAAUCAUGUCCCUGAGGUGGAUGCUGGUGUGGCAGCACUGAAAUUUGACCACGAAUGUCAGCCCUUUCAUUUUGGAGCCAAUGCCCAAGUGUGAGGGGUCCCCCUCUCUGAGCUGGGUGUUCCCUGUAAAAGGCUCAAAAGUACACCUGCCCCCGUACCGUACCUCCACCCCUGGUUCUGGAUACUGCAUACUUGGGAGAGGUGUGGGCCCCCGCCUCGGUGGCACACCCUCCGUGGCCCCUCCCCGAGGGAGUUUGGGGUGGCCUGCCCCCUGCCCUCCUUCCCACCCUCCUCACUUUGCCCUCUGACCUGAGACCGCCACCCCUUCUGGCUCCUCCCCUCCUCUCUACCAGGACCCAUGUCUCCCUGACUCCCUCCUGCCACAGCGAGGGGGACUUGGCUCUUACAUUUUGGGGGUUGAGUGCUGUCAGCAAAGCUUGUCUCCGUGCACCCUCAUCCCCACUUUCCUGGGCAUCCUGCCUGCCCCGACCAUUUCCCUGAUGUGAGCUCUUUGUCUUGUCCAUUAAGUUCCUGAGGCUCAGAGAGAUUGGUCUCUGAUGAGGAAUCUAAGGCUGAGUCCUGAUUGGUAGGAAGAUGCCGUUAUCCAUUAGCAAUGCCUGUGCAGGGGGCAGGAUGGAAGAAGUGGCAUGUGGAUUAUCUCCAUAAACUCCUUGUUAAGGGAUACCCAACUUUGAAAAAACUGUGGAUAAAAGGAGGAGCUAAGAAGAAUGUGAAAGGUCUGUGCAGCUACGGGGCAAGGGGCUUCCUCUGGUGGGAAGAAAGAAGGGAACAUGGCUAUGGGAGAGAGUGUGGCUCUUAAAUCCAGAGGUAUUGAAUUUGUGUUUAGGUGGAGGUUUCCAGGCCAGGCGCCCAGGUAUUUGAUUCCUUUUAUUUCCUGGGUCUCAUAUUUUGUGCUGGAUAUGGGAUGGGGGUAACUAACACAUCAAGACCCUCCAGAUAAGGUUGCCAGAUUAAAUGCAGGUGCCCAUUAAAUUCCAGUUUCACAUAAACAGCUAGUUGUGUUUUUAGUGUAAGUGUGUCCAGUACAAUGUUUGCUGAGUCUGACAAGCUCACUCCUGCAGCCUCCUGUAUCCAGCAGCGCAGGGAGGUCUUUCCCACAGAAACUGCUGCAAAUUGCUUCUUGAGGUUUCAGACUGUUGGCUCUUACCCGGCCCUGGCCCUCUCAGACUCCAUGCUGCUGCUGCCUUGGGCCUCUGUCUCUUCUUCCAGGCGACAGAGGGGCCAGUCCUGUAGCUUCCCAGGGUCCAGCUCUGAUGCAGAGAUGCUUACUGAAGACGCUGCAGCCUCAGGAGAGAGGUGGACCAGCUUCGAUUGGUGGGUGAAAAGGCUGGGCUUGGAGAGGUGACCAUUGAUGCUGCCAAGGCCACCAGAAAACGAGGAGGACAUGGCCACCAAGGAGAAGCUGCAGUGUCUGAAAGACUUCCACAAGGACAUCCUGAAGCCAUCCCCAGGAAAGAGCCCAGGCACACGGCCUGAGGAUGAGGCUGAGGGGAAGCCCCCGCAGAGGGAGAAGUGGGCCAGCAAGAUGGACUUUGUGCUCUCCGUGGCCGGUGGCUUCGUUGGCUUGGGCAACGUCUGGCGUUUUCCAUACCUCUGCUAUAAAAACGGUGGAGGUGCAUUUCUCAUACCAUAUUUUAUUUUCCUGUUUGGGGGCGGCCUGCCUGUGUUUUUCCUGGAGGUAAUCAUAGGCCAGUAUACCUCUGAAGGGGGCAUCACCUGCUGGGAAAAGAUCUGCCCCUUGUUUGCUGGUAUCGGCUAUGCCUCCAUCGUCAUCGUGUCCCUCCUGAACAUAUACUACAUCAUCAUCCUGGCCUGGGCCACAUACUACCUGUUCAACUCCUUCCAGUCGGAGCUCCCCUGGGCCCACUGCAACCACAGCUGGAACACGCCCCAGUGCCUGGAGGACACAUUGCGCAGGAAUAAGAGCCUGUGGAUCUCCCUCAGCACCACCAACUUCACCUCCCCAGUCACCGAGUUUUGGGAGCGGAACGUGCUCAGCCUGUCUUCCGGCAUCAGUGAACUGGGCGCUCUCAAGUGGGAUCUUGCCCUCUGCCUUCUUCUGGUCUGGCUGGUCUGCUUCUUCUGCAUCUGGAAGGGCGUCAAGUCCACGGGGAAGGUUGUCUACUUCACGGCUACUUUCCCAUUCGCCAUGCUCCUGGUGCUGCUGGUCCGUGGGCUGACACUGCCGGGCGCAGGCGCGGGCAUCAAGUUCUAUCUGUACCCUGACAUCAGCCGCCUGGAGGACCCACAGGUUUGGAUCGAUGCUGGGACCCAAAUAUUCUUCUCUUACGCCAUCUGCCUGGGGGCCAUGACCUCGCUGGGGAGCUACAACAAGUACAAGUACAACUCGUACAGGGACUGUAUGCUGCUGGGAUGCCUGAACAGUGGUACCAGUUUUGUGUCUGGCUUCGCAAUUUUUUCCAUCCUGGGCUUCAUGGCACAAGAGCAAGGGGUGGACAUUGCUGAUGUGGCUGAGUCAGGUCCUGGCCUGGCCUUCAUCGCCUACCCGAAAGCUGUGACCAUGAUGCCGCUGCCCACGUUUUGGUCCAUCCUGUUUUUUAUUAUGCUUCUCUUGCUUGGACUGGAUAGCCAGUUUGUUGAAGUGGAAGGACAGAUCACAUCCUUGGUUGAUCUUUACCCAUCCUUCCUAAGGAAGGGUUUCCGCCGGGAAAUCUUCAUCGCCUUCAUAUGUUGCAUCAGCUACCUGCUGGGGCUGACGAUGGUGACGGAGGGUGGCAUGUAUGUGUUUCAACUCUUUGACUACUAUGCAGCUAGCGGUGUAUGCCUUUUGUGGGUUGCAUUCUUUGAAUGUUUUGCUAUUGCCUGGAUAUAUGGCAGUGAUAACUUUUAUGACGGGAUCGAGGACAUGAUCGGCUAUCGGCCUGGGCCCUGGAUGAAGUACUGCUGGGCCGUGGUCACACCUGUUCUCUGUCUUGGAUGCUUUAUCUUCUCUCUUGUCAAGUAUGUACCCCUGACCUACAACAAAGUCUAUGUGUACCCCGACUGGGCCAUCGGGCUGGGCUGGAGCCUGGCCCUGUCCUCCAUUCUGUGUGUCCCCUUGGUCAUGGUCAUCCGCCUCUGCCAGACGGAAGGGCCAUUCCUCGUGAGACUCAAGUACCUGCUGGCCCCGAGGGAACCCAACCGCUGGGCCGUGGAGCGUGAGGGAGCCAUGCCCUACAGCUCCCGCUCAUCCAUCAACAGUGCCCUCAGGAAACCCACCCACAUCAUAGUGGAGACCAUGAUGUGAGCUCUCUCCAGCCUCCGGGCUGCUUUCCUGCUGUUUACUAACAUUAGAUUCUCAUAGGACCAGGUUUACAGAGCUUUAUAUUUGCACUAGGAUUUUUUUUUUUAAUUGUCACAGAAAAUGUUACUGUGUGUGUAUGUGUGUGAGAGAGAGACACACACAGAGAGAGUGGUGUGUGUGUGGUGUAAUGUGGAUGUGUGUGUUUUGUUUUGAUUUGAGGAUAUUUUGUACAAAAAGAAACCCUACGGGCAGAUGUCCGGGGCGAGGCAGAGCUUUCAUAUGGAAUUAGAUGUAUUUUAUGAGAACUUGGUAAAUUUUUCUUUGUAUUUUUUUUAAGCAUAUAACUAUGGAUACAUGUAGAAAUUGUCAUACACUUUUACCACUUGAAUUGAUCUUGCCAGCAAUAGAUCUCGUUUUCAAAAGCAAUUCUUUGGUGCUUAUAUAGCUGGCAGAAAGUUCUGCCCCCUGCAAAUGCAGGGGAGAAUUUUUCUGGGACAGCAGACCCAUUUUAAAGGUGUAGUACCUCACAAACCUGGUUCAAGUGAAGCAAACGGCGGCAGGGGAGGGAGAAAGGAGAGCGGUCAGGAGACCUCAUGACACUUGUCUUGGCCAACAAGAGGGACGCCAGAGGAGCGAAGCCAGCCCUCCCCGAAGGGGCUCACUUAGAUCCACAGAUGAGGCCUGACAGCGAAGUUCUAAUGUUCAGAGCAGUGUGUGGAGCAGAGUUCCUAUAAUUUUGAGGUGGAGGGUGGAGAGUCAGAGGCCUGUCAGAGCCAGUGGCCCACGAGGGAGCUGUGUCCUUUCUGGGGCGACCCAGGAGAGUGUGGCAGCCAUACUGCAGGUGCUGAGGGCUCACACCAAUGGGCCUGUCACACCUGGUGGGGUCCUGUCAGGUUCUACUUCUUGCCCAGCCGACAUCAUGACAUAUUUGGCAUGACCCGAGGGGUGGGGGGAUCGAGGGAGGGGUCCCAGGUGCUCUAGCCAGUGUCAGGAGUGGGGAGCUCCACCCUUGGCUCGGCCCUGGUCCCCCGGAGACUCUUGCUCAAGAUCCCAGCCCCGGGCCACCCCAGCACCCAGCAGGGAGUGCCACGAGCGACCUCUGAUUGGGGUCACAUAAUUCCCAGACUCCUCCAAGUUCAGCCACCUGUGCCACCCUGGUGGUGACCUGGGAGAUGAGGAAAUGCUCCCUCGAACCCACAAAAGCUGCGGUCAGGCAUGCGCUCUGUGGGACAGGGAUGAGGGGUGAGUCAGGAUGUUCAGGGACGGGCACCCCAGCAAUGGCCUGACCCAGAGCCUGUUUGGAGCAGCACUCCUCCUGAACCAGGAGAGAAGGUACUCCACCUUUAAAAUACCAGCUUCGGAUGCGCCUCCACCCCAGCCCGCAUUCGGACCUAAGCUGUGCCAUUUAAACAGAAACUUCCAAGUUCAGAGUCUAAAGUAAACCGAAACACUUUCACACACAAACAGCAGCGACUGCCUCGAGGGUGUGCAGCGCGCAGUCCAGCUCAGGCGUUUAGAGCAGGGUGCUCCGAGUCCUGGCACCCCAUCCCCAUAUCCCAGCAGCGGAGGGGCCCUGGGUGUCCCCCCAAGGGCAGAGGCAGUUCUGAACCUCUCGUCCUUGGCGAGCAUUCACAGUCCGCUGUCUCCAAACCACGUGCUCUGCCAAACACCCAAUCCUAUUCCACACCGUUAGCGAGCCUGUGUUCCUGUUGUACUAUGUAUUUAUGGUUGCCACUGUGUCUGAUUUGAUUUUUAUUGUUUCGGGGGUUUUUCCCCUGAUUUUACUGAGUAGCAAUGUGACCUGUUUUCCUUUGUCUUAUGGAACUUUCGUUAACUAACCACUGUCGAUGACUGGGGACAGGUGACAUGAGGGAGCCCUGGGGGCUCAGACCCCGGGUGAGAGGCCACAGUGUUGUGGGUUGGUAGGCAAAUUGCAACAUUCUGGAAGAGGCCGGAGAGAGGCCUCUUCUUAUAAGAUUCCCAGACCAAAUUCUAGACCAAAGACACAUGCAGACCAAGUUCGCCAGGCCCUGCCUGGAAGGAAGGUCAGCCACCUCCCCGAGCCUGAUCCUCGCCAGUCUCCUGGGCACCUGUCUCCUGUCUGAGCCCCUGGCUCUUCUGUAUCCUCAGAACUCUGCUCUGUGAGCACCAUGUGUGAUGAUGUGACUUUUAUGUCUCUGCAUAAAGAAAACUUGUGAUUGGG